AUGAGUGCCCACCUGGCAAUGCCCCCCUACCAGCCUUACCCAGCCGGGGUAGGAACUGGAAUAAGGUAUGGCGACUACUAUUGGAACUGCCCAGCAGAGAUGGACAAUGUCCCCCACAAAGAGGCAGCAGAUGCUGAUGCCCCGGUCCCAGAGCCAGAGGAGAAGACCCUCCAUAAUCCAGAGCUCUCUCCAGCGUCCUCCAGCUCGGGAACACGCAUGCAGUACACCCCGGACUCAGCCACCAGCCCCAACACGGAGCCCCCAUCCCCACACCCUGCGAUCCGGAUGGGUGGGGUGGAAAGCGGGGGAGGGGUGAAGAAGGCCAAGAGCCGCACGGCCUUCUCCCAGGAGCAGCUGCAAACCCUGCACCAGCGGUUCCAGAGCCAGAAAUACCUCAGCCCCCAGCAGAUCCGCGAGCUGGGCUCAGCCCUGGGGCUCACUUACAAGCAGGUAAAAACAUGGUUUCAAAACCAGCGGAUGAAGUUUAAACGUUGCCAGAAGGAAACUCAGUGGAUGGAAAAAGGGACAUGCCUAUCCCAAGCAGGUUACCUGGAUUUGAACCCCAGUUAUCACCAAGGUUGUCCAGUUAGUGCCAGCAGGAACAUCCAGACUGUGACCAAUGUGCAUCAGAGCUAUGGUAGCAGCCAGACCUAUGGGAGUGGCCAGAGCCUGUAUCCCUUUGUGGCUAUCGAGGAGGAGGGGUUCUUUGGGAAAGCCGGAGGAGCCUGCAGCGCCCAGCAGGCAAUGGGCUUCUUCAGCCAGCAAAAGAUGAACUUUUAUCAUGGCUUCCCAGCAAACAUGGAUUAUGCCAGCAUGGAGACAGAAGAUGGCUACCACUUCCAGAGCGCCUCAACGUCCUUCCCGGGUACAGCUGUGUGCCAGCAGUACCAGCCAGCAUGGCACCCUCAAGGGACGCAAAGCAACUAUAACUCUUAG